AUGCCUCCCAGAAAGAGACCCAACAGGAAGAACAACGACCCUGCACCGCCACAUCCUCAGUUUGAUCCUGCCAUGUUCCAGGCAGCAGCUACCGCCGCCGUGACUGCAGCAAUGGCGCAAAUCAAUCAGGGAAACUCUGGUGGAUCCGGAGGUGCUAGUAGGGUGAAGUUCGCCGCCUGUACCUUCACCGACAGAGCACUGACCUGGUGGAAUGGUCGAGUCAAGUCCCUAACCCUGCCAGUGGCGAAUGAUAUAGGUUGGGAAAGUUUAAAGGAACUUAUGCUCGCAGAGUACUGCCCAAGGGGCGAGAUGCAGAAAUUGGAACACGAGCUCUGGAACCUGAAGAUGAAGGGUUCCGACAUUGCCACUUACACAGCUAGAUUCUGCGAUCUGGCUCUUCUCUGUCCGGGGAUGGUCACCCCGGAAAGCAAAAAGAUUGAAAGGUACAUUUGGGGAUUGACGCCCCCAACUCAAGGGAACAUGUUGGCUGCUAAGCCUACCACAUUUGAUAGCGCCAAGUGUCUGGCGCAGACCCUGAUAGAUCACGGGGUUGAUUUGGAUAAGGUAACAGCUGCUCCUGAACCACUGAAGGAGAGUGGUGGGAAAAAGAAGUUUUGGAACAAACGCAAGGGGGAGUCUUCUCAGGAGCCCUCCAAGAAACAACAAACAGUAGCAGUCCACACUGCUACUACCCCUGCUGCAGUUCCCACAACUCCGACAACCCCCAGCCGCUAUGCUGGAAACCUACCCCUGUGCAACAAGUGCAACUAUCAUCAUCAUGGACAAUGUCGGGAGAUGUUGUGA